AUGAAAAUGAUCUGGUUGAUAAUAUUAAGCGCAUGGUUCAUCGGCUACAUUUUAAUCGGAUUUCUAGUUCGAUGUUGGACGAAAUUUACAAAUAGACAUUUUGAGUCAAAUAACAUUAAUUUAAAAGGUAAAACAGUUUUGAUAACUGGUGCGAACAAUGGCCUUGGAAAGGGAGUAGCAAGGUUUAUGGCAAACAAAGGGGCUCGAGUCAUCAUGGCUUGCAGAAACAUGAAAACUGGAAAAGCUGUUCAAGACGAAAUUAUCAGAGAAAGUGGUAAUGAUCAGAUAAUAUUACUUAAUGUCGACUUGUCAUCAUUUAGAUCAAUACACGAAUUCUGCUCAAAAGUUAUUGCAACAGAAACAAAGAUUGAUAUAUUAAUUCACAAUGCAGCUUAUGCUGGAUUUAUUAAAAAAGCUGUAAGUGCUGACGGAAUCGAACUUACGAUGGCGACAAAUCAUUAUGGACCGUUUCUCAUGACAACGCUUCUGAUGGAUCUUUUGAAGAAGUCAGCACCACGUAGAAUAGUUGUUGUAACUUCCAAAUGCCAUUCAGUCUCAUAUUUUACACCUCAAAAUGAAAAACAUUUGAAUCCUAUCGAUUGUUGGCUGCCAUUGUAUCAAUAUAGCAAUUCAAAGCUUGCCAAUUUGUUGUUUACAUUUGAGUUAGCUCGUCGACUGGAAGGAACUGGAAUCACAGUGAACGCGCUUCAUCCUGGAACCGCAAAUAGCGAGAUUUGGCAGACUGAAUCACGAAUAAUGAAUUUAAGUCUUUACAUUUUUCGAAAGUUUUUAAGAUCUGUAAAUGAAAGUAUUCAGACUACACUCUAUGUGUCUUUAUCAAAGGAGUUGGAAAAUGUCACAGGAAAAUAUUUCCGUAAUUGCAAGCUUGGAAAGACCCACAAAAUCGCUCAAAAUACAUCAUCGCAGAAGAUUUUGUGGAAAGAGUCUGAAAAGAUUGUGAAUCAAAUAAAUCUAGGUUUGACACUUUGA